CAAAUUAAUAAUUUUUGUUUAUAAAACAAAAGUGUUGUGUUUUAUAAAAAAAAACAGAGCUUCGCCGCGUUUUCGUAAUGCUGAGCAUACUCCAAAUAUUGUGAUCAAUGUGCUAGUGAGAGUGCCAAUAAGUGUGUUUUGCAAAUAGGCAAAAUAUGUGAUCAAAGCGCAGAGCCUAGCAAAAGUUAAAGCAAUCAAAAAAUCACAAACAAAUAGAGUAUAGUACAGUAACUACGAUGAGCUCAUUCCUCAUGGGUUAUCCACACGCGCCGCACCACGUCCAGAGUCCCAUGACCAUGGGCAAUGGCCUGGAUCCCAAGUUCCCGCCGGUGGCCGACGAUUAUCAUCAUUACAAUGGCCACUACUCGAUGACCGCCUCGACGGGUCACAUGGGUGCCGGCAGUGGGGUUGGUGGAGCUGGCGGCGGCGGCGGUCCAGGUAUGUCUGGCCACCCGCACGCCGCGCAUCCGGCGGAAAUGGUCAAUGAUUACAUGGCCGCCGCUGCACACCACCACAAUCAGCUCCCGCACUCGCACCACCACAACAACAGCGCACUCUCUGGUCACCACCAUCAGAACAGCGGCUACACAACAAAUUAUGCCGCCACGCCGCCAACGCAUCAUCCGCACUCGCAUCCACAUCAGAGUCUCGGCUAUUAUGGACAUCAUGCAGCAGCUGCCGCCGCGGCAGCUGUGCACCACGCCCCCGAGUAUAUUCCAGCUGGUGUGGUGCACUCGGAGGCGGGCUACGGGCCGCCGCCGUCGAUAAAUGUGCCAAACAGCAGCAGCGCCAACAACUCCAAUGGAUACUACGGGGGUUACUACACAAACGGCAGCGUGGGCAGCACUCACUCCCAGGGCCACUCGCCGCUCUCCUCACAGAUAAUGGAUCUGCCGCUGCAAUGCUCCUCCACAGAGCCGCCAACGAACACCUCGCUGGGUCUGCAGGAGUUGGGCUUGAAAUUGGAGAAGCGCUUGGAAGAAGCUGCACCCACGGGCCAACAACUACAAGAAGUUCUACACUGUGAUGAUAUGGGAUCAGAAAAUGAUAUGUCUGAGGAAGAUCGACUGAUGCUCGAUCGAUCGCCAGACGAGUUGGCGUCCAAUGACAACGACGACGAUCUGGUUGAUUCAGACAGUGAUGAUGAUCUAAUGGCUGAAACAACCGACGGGGAACGCAUUAUCUACCCGUGGAUGAAGAAGAUUCAUGUAGCGGGCGUUGCGAACGGCUCGUAUCAGCCUGGAAUGGAGCCGAAACGCCAACGCACCGCCUACACACGCCACCAGAUACUGGAGCUGGAGAAGGAGUUCCACUACAAUCGCUACCUGACCCGACGCCGUCGCAUCGAAAUUGCCCAUACGCUGGUGCUGUCGGAGCGCCAGAUCAAAAUCUGGUUCCAGAACCGCCGCAUGAAGUGGAAAAAGGACAACAAGCUGCCCAACACCAAGAAUGUGCGCAAGAAGACCGUCGACGCCAAUGGCAAUCCAACACCAGUAGCCAAGAAGACCACUAAGCGUGCCAGUGCCAAGAAGCAGGCACAACAGCAACAGCAGCAACAACAACAGCAGCAGCAGCAACAAACGCCAGUGAUGAAUGAGUGCUUACGCUCUGAUAGUUUGGAGAGCAUUGGUGAUGUCAGCUCCUCGCUGGGAAAUCCGCCGUAUAUACCAGCAGUAACCGAUGCGGGCAGUCUGAGCAGCAGUGGGAAUGCUUAUGCCGGAUCUCAGCAGCAGCAAUUGCUACACAACAACAACAACAAUAAUAACAACAACAACCUCAACAACAACAAUCAAAUGCAUGCGCAUCAUCAUCACCAACAGCAGCAGCAGCAGCAAUCCGAUCUCAUGACCAAUCUGCAGCAGCACAUAAAGCAGGACUACGAUCUAACGGCGCUCUAGAAGCAAGCAUAGCACUUGAACUAAGCCUUGUACAUUGAAUUAUAUUUAGUUAAUUGACUUAACCUCAGUUUGUAUACGCAACAGUCGAACAAUUCGGAGUCUACAGCGAUAGAUUUGUAGUUAGUUAAGUAACGACCAGCUACGAUGUUUGUAAAUUUAGCAGUAGGUACUUAAUUGUUGUCUAAGUCUUUUGUAUAAAGUGUAGCAAAUUGUAGCACAACAUAAAAGCAACAAAAAAAUAAAAAAAAAAACACAAAACCCAAUUUGUCAUAGUUCUAAGCCCAUCUAGCAUAAGCUUUGAGUAAUAUUAUUAUUAUUUUAAUGUCUAACUAGUUGCAACUGUUUGUAAGCAAGUUCAAACGUAUAUUUUACACACACACACACACAACUGCAUAUAAGUUAUAACUAAAAAUAAAUA